AUGCCACAGCUCCCUGACCUGCGCAUUUCUGAUACCAUGUCGCUCACCCUCGAUGUCGCGGCUUGUGUUGGGGUAUUAGGAACGAUUGUUUGGGUUUACCUUCGUAAAUCAGAUAGCCGCCUUCCUCUCCCACCUUCUCCUCCAACUUGGAGACUUCAGGGACACUUCCUGCCCCCUCGCGAGCCAUUUCUUGCUGUGGCGCGGUGGAUUGACGAGUAUGGCCCUCUGAUCACUAUCCGUUCAGGAAUGCAGAAUGUCGUGAUCAUCGGCCGCUACAAAGCCGCAGUGGAUAUAAUGGAGAAGCAGGGUAGAACGCUAGCUGAUCGACCUCGCCUCGUUGCUGCUGGAGACAUUCUUUCACGUGGACUGAGCCUCGGUUUCUGCCAUGUUGGGGACAGGCUGCGUCGGAUGCGUAGGUUCGUCGUCGCUAUACUAGUACUCCAUACGCAUCUCCAGCCAAAAUCAGCCGACGAGUAUCAACCUCUGCAGAUGUCGCAAGCGAGAAGCCUAAUUCUCAACAUUCUUGACGAUCCAAGCAACUUUCAGAACCAUGCGACCACUUAUGCCGCAGCGACGAUACUGAAAGCUGCAUAUGGGAAGACCUCGCCGACAUCAGCAACUGACCUCGAGGUUAGGGAGGCUCGUCACCUUAUGUCCCGAAUUCGUACAGUCGUGCGCCCCGGCGCUUAUUGGGUAGAAUCGAUACCAUGGCUCAAAUUCCUUCCUUGGUAUGCGCCAGAAUUAAGAGAUGACUAUAAGAGGGCCACGCGACUCUACACAGACCAGCUGAAUCGUGUAAAACUGCAAAUGCAGAGGAAUGAAGAUAUUGGCCCUUCGUUUUCCAAAUACCUUCUAGAAAAUGGACAUCUCUACGACUUGACAGAGAUGGAGAUGGCGUAUCUUGCUGGCUCCUUUUUUGGAGCUGGAACCGAAACAACUGCUACAGCGAUAUGCACGGUGCUAAUGGCGGCUGCACAUUUCCCUGAAGAGCAAGCUAAAGUGCAGGCCGAGCUUGAUGCAGUCAUCGGAAGAGAGCGAGCACCGACCUUCGCCGAUAAGCCAUCCCUUCCUCGUCUGGAGGCCUUUAUAUCUGAGGCUUUGAGAUGGAGACCGUUGGUUCCUUUUGGAUUCCCUCACCGAACUACUGAAGAUGUCAUUUGGGCAAGUCCUUUUGAAUCAUUUGUCGAAAACUAUUGCAUUCCCGCUGGAACUACGGUGUUCGGCAACCAUUGGUCCAUCUCUCGAGAUCCAGAAGUCUAUCCUGAGCCUGAUGCGUUCAAGCCCCAGCGCUGGAUUGACGGUCAAGGUCGCUUGAGAGACGAUCUCGCAUUCUUUGUAUAUGGGUUUGGUCGGCGGGUAUGCCCUGGUCAACACGUUGCGAACAGAUCGGUGUUUAUAAAUUCGCUUCUUAUUCUUUGGGCCUUUCAGCUCAGUCUUGAUGCUACGAAGCCACAGGAUGAUAUGGGGUUCAUGAACACGUUUAUGCCAAACGUUAAAUGCGCUAUUGAAUUUCAGGCGAGGAUUCCAGAAGUGGAGCUUAGGCGUAUGAUGCAGAAUUAUCCCAGGGCUGGGUGA